GUUGUUCCACUCACCUCCAGUGUCACGCCCGAUGGACACCUACUACUCUACACCGGACUCCCAGUCAAUCGCAAUUGGUGUGACUUUCGAGUGCCACAGUUGCUCCUCGGCUGAGUUCAAUCUCCAAUCGCAACCCUUUGCACUCGAGCAGAACAAGACGCAGUCUUAAGUGCGCUUUAGUGGCCAGUGAGCUUGCACUAAACUCGAUUUAGUCACGGAUCGAACGCCAUGCCACAUGCGAUCUGGUUUCUCCUGGUGCUCGGGGUAUAUGCUCUCGAUGACUGCGGCGUUUUGGGUGGAUAUAUGGAGGACAACUACCCGGCAAGCGUGAUUGAGGAUGCCCGCCUCAAUACGAUACAACUGCUGCAGAAGUACAAGCAUCCAGCGGAAACCCACCAGGUGACCACGGAUGACAAGUAUAUCCUUACCCUCCAUCGCAUAGCUCGACCUGGGGCCAAGCCAGUGCUGCUGGUUCACGGCCUAGAGGACUCCUCUUCCACGUGGAUCGUGAUGGGUCCGGAAAGUGGACUGGGUUACUUUCUCUACGCCAACGGCUACGACGUCUGGAUGGGCAAUGUCAGGGGCAAUCGCUACUCCAAGGGCCAUGUGAAGCUCAACCCCAAUACGGACAAGUCCUACUGGACCUUCUCCUGGCACGAGAUAGGCAUGUACGAUCUGCCAGCGAUGAUCGAUGGGGUUCUGCAGAAAACCGGAUACCAGAAGCUCAGCUACUUCGGUCACUCCCAGGGCACCACCUCGUUCUUCGUGAUGACUUCCAGUAGACCCGAGUACAAUGCAAAGAUCCAUCUGAUGAGCGCCCUAGCACCCGUGGCCUUUAUGAGGCACAUGAAGGCACCACUCAUGGGAAUGGCCCGCAUGGGCAUGAACAUGUUUAGCGACAACUUUGAGCUGUUUCCGCACUCGGAUAUAUUUCUCAACCAUUGCCUUACUUCGUCCUCCAUGCUAAAGACCUGUAUGCGUUUCUACUGGCAGAUUGUGGGAAAGAACCGGGAGGAGCAGAAUAUGACCAUGUUCCCUGUGGUUUUGGGCCAUCUUCCCGGUGGCGCCAACAUUAAACAAGCGGUCCACUACCUCCAACUGCAGAAAUCCGAUCGCUUCUGCCAGUACGAGUAUGAGCCCAAGGAGAACCAUAAGCUCUACGGACGUUCCACUCCGCCGGACUACCGCCUGGAGAGGAUCAGCGCUCCGGUUGCCUUGUACUACGGCAGUAAUGACUACCUGGCGGCCGUGGAGGAUGUGCAGCGCUUGGCUAAAGUGCUGCCCAAUGUGGUCGAGAACCAUCUGUACCGCAAGUGGAACCACAUGGACAUGAUCUGGGGCAUCAGUGCACGGCGUUCGAUUCAGCCCAGGAUUCUGCAGGUGAUGCAGUACUGGGAGGCAGGAGGAGCAGCUAAGGAUGCCACCACUGGCUCGCCCGUGGAGGAGGAUGUGACCCAGCUGACCACGGAGACGCCGAUCGAGGAGGGAAAACCGGAAGAGGCGGAGGAGGAAGCUGGCAUUGGCCAGGGAAACGAGGAGAAUGAAGGUCAUGCAGAAGAAACUGAGCAGGUUAAUGCUACCACCAGUCCAACCUCGGAACUAUAGGUUCUGUAAAGAAUGGACAUACCAUUUCAAAGAAAGGAUUGGCUUGAUUGUGUUUUCUCAAAUGUCAAAUUAUGCACUGACUACAAGACAGUAUUUUGUAAACCAAU